AAGACAUCAACCAAUCGGCCAAUCCACCAAGAUGGAGCGCGGUAGACAUUCUUUGGAUAUCGGAAAUCUCCAACGCAACCGAACGAAGGAGAUUGCGAGAACUCAUCCUAGUUUGCGCAAAAAAAGCGGGCAGUCCGGAUCUUCUUCUCAAAGUGGAUGGGAGGAAGAACCGGAAUACCAACGGCGAGAUGGUGAAAGAAUGUCCGACGAGCAAGUACAACAACUAUUGGCUCAAAAUCCUCAAUUUUUCCAUCAACGAGACAUCCCAGACGAUAUUCACACCAUUGACGAAGAAGAGCUCGAGGAUGACGAUCCGGAGGAGGACGCGGGGGCGCCGGGAGUCACGACACCCCGGAUGAGGAGCAAGCGGCGGAUUACGAGGGUGGUUCAUCCCAAAUAGGUACGAAAUCUAAAUCUCCUAUUAUAGAAAAUAAUUUUAAAAAGUAUAAAGACCCAAGCACCGAGAAAUGGUACGCAAGUUGCAACCAUUGCGAUAAGGUGUACAGUUUGGGAACUUCGGGCGGAUACGGGAGCCUCAAAAGGCAUCUUAUGGGCAAGCACAAGGUGGAGUACGCAAAAAUUGAGAAAGGC